AUGCCGCCCCGCCUGCAACCGCCGCCCGCCUCUGGGACCCGGCGCCCGCGCGCCGCGGUUCUGCCGCUCGCGCUGCUGCUGUCGCUCGCCCUGCAAGGGGUGGCGGCGGCACCCGCGGGGGCCGGGGAGCCCGAGGACUCCCUUCGGCGCCGGGACCCGGAGCUCCCGCGCGGACUCCUGGAGCAGGCGGCGCGCGCGGCGCUGCACUUCGUCAACUUCCGCGCGGGCUCGCCCAGCACCCUGCGCGUGCUGGCCGACGUGCUGGAGGGCCGCGCCAGGGUUAAUCCAAAGAAGGAAUGUCAGGUUGACCUGGUGUUUACCACAGAUCGCUAUAACCCAGAGGAAGGUGAGGAACGUUUGGGGAAAUGUUCCGCUCGAGUGUUUUUCAGGAAUCAGAAACCCAGACCGGCCAUUAAUGUGACUUGUACACGACUCAUUGAGAAGAACAAAAGACAACAGGAGGAUUACCUGCUUUACAAGCACAUGAAGCAACUCAAAACCCCCUUGGAUGUAGUCAGCAUACCUGAUAGCCAUGGACAUAUUGAUCCCUCUCUGAGACCCAUUUGGGAUUUGGCUUUUCUUGGUGGCUCUUAUGUGAUGUGGGAAAAGACAACCCAGUUUUUACAUUACUACAUGGCACAGCUCAGCAGUGUUAACCAAUGGAAAACAAAUGAUGAUGCAAUUGAUUUUGAUUAUACCGUUCUACUCCAUGAAUUCUCAACACAGGAAAUCAUUCCUUGUCGUAUUCACUUGGUCUGGUACCCUGGCAAACCACUUAAAGUGAAGUACCACUGUCAAGAGCUACAGACACCAGAAGAAGCCUCUGGAACUGAAGAAGGUUCAGCUGUGGCACCAACAGAGCUCAAUAAUUUCUGAAAAGAAAAAAGGUCUGCUUAUACCAAAUUCUAAACAAAAUGACUCUAUUAAAUAGUGUAAAUCAUUAUUCUGGCAAAAUAGGUAAGGUAUAAAGUAUUGUAAUAUUUUUUAGAAAGCCUACAAUUAUAAUACUAACAAUUAAAAGAUGCUGGGGUUUUUGUUUUUCGAUUGGUUUGGUUUAUUUUGUUAAUUCUGGGAACACAGGCAUACUGAACUCUGCUCAGUGCUAAACAGUUUACUCCACAAGUUUCUCAGGGUUUCAGCCCUAAAAUGUAAAAGAACAAUCAAUUGGUAUAUACUGUAAUUGGAUCAAUAAGUAUUUAGCAAAACAAAAAUUGAUGGUCUUACCUUUAAAGCUGUAUUUCUCAUUACUUUGAACAUAGCAAAGCCAACUAUUUUCUGUUGCUAAAUUCCUUCUACUUAGUAUAUAAAAAAUAUAGUUCAAUGAAAGCAAAUUGCAGGGAAAAAUAAUACCAGUUUAGAAAAAACUUUAAUUUUUUUUUAUCAUUUCAAGCAAGUAUUCUUUUUUUGAUAUCUACUUUUCUAUAUAAAAUGUGUUCAGUGUGUGUUUAUAGAGAUUUGUAUCCAUAAGCAAAAUUUGUGCUAAACUGAAUUAA